AUGGAUCCCUAUUCCGCAGAAGGUGAAUUGAUCAAUAUUCACAACCAUUUCCACCAAGGCCAAUACCAGGAAGUCGUCGAUUUCGAUACCUCGUCCUUCUCCGCCGACAAUGCUCUCCCCGCGCGCGUCCUAGUCCUGCGGGCUCGCAUCGCACUUGGUCAGGCUGAGGAUGUCGUCGCAGAGGUCAAGGGUGCAGGGCAGCCAGAUCUGGAGGUCCUUGGCGCCUAUGCCGAAUAUUCCCUAGGCAAGACUGAUGCUGCGCUGAAGACCGUUGAGAAGCUGGCUUCCUCGGCGGCUGACAACGUCACCGUUCAGGUCGUCGGCGGAACCGUCCUACAGGCUGCCGGCAAGUCAGAGGAGGCCAUUGCUCUGUUGUCACAACAUCAAGGAAGUUUGGAAGCCGUGGCCUUGAUUAUCCAAAUCCACCUCCAGCAGAAUCGAACCGACCUCGCCGUCAAGGAAGUCUCCGCUGCGAGGAGAUGGGCACAGGACAGCUUGUUGGUGAACCUUGCCGAGUCCUGGGUUGGGCUUAGAGUGGGCGGUGAGAAAUACCAGCAGGCAUUUUACGUCUACGAGGAGCUCGCCCAAGCUCCGUCAACAGCCUCGAUACGGAGUCUCGUCUCGCAGGCCGUUUGCGAACUACACCUCGGUCGUUUGGAGGAGGCGCAAACUGCCCUGGAGCAGGCAUUGGACAAGGACCCGGAGUACAUUGAAGCCAUUGCGAAUAUGCUGGUUUUGACUGUGAUUUCCGGCGGAGAUGCAUCAGAUUACGCUGCGUCGCUCAAAACGGUUGACCCAAACCAUGCGCUGCUGGUUGAUUUGGAGGCAAAGAGCGACUUGUUUGACCAGGCGGCGACCAAGUAUCGCGCAAAGGUGUCUUCGUAG